AUGGGUUUGGCUGUUUUUGAGAAUGAUAAAAAUUUAUCAUUUAAUGGGGUGGACAAAAUAGUGGACGACGUUUACAAGGACAACCUGAACUUCCUGCUAAAGAGCAACAAGAACGAACUGGAACGGAAAGAAACCGACCAAUUCAGUUUCAGCAUCGACAACCUGAUGAUUCUGCUGGAAGAGGAGGAACAGCGACGACAAGGCGAGAGGGAUAAAAUGAAGGACACCUUCCAAAACAUAGCCUUGCAGCUAAAAAGCGUGAAAAAAUCAGUUAAGAAGGCGGAGAAGUAUCUUGAGGGAAAGGAAAACGGAGAGAUGAUUACGGAUUCACACAAGACGCUGGAGGGCAUCAAAAAGCGAAUCGAUGAUUUGUAA